AUGACCUGUCGCCUGCUCGUUGAUGAUGUGAUGUGUUUUAUUAAAAGGUCAAUAUUGAAAGCUGAUGAGCAGGAAAAUAUGGAAAAUGAAAACAUGGACAACAGUAGUUCCUUCAAUGGCAGCUCUCUCAUGAACUUCGCUGGCACCAUCCUGCUCCAACAGUACAAAUCCUUCUUCAUCCUGCUUUACUCUGCCCUGGUGGCCGUGGCCUGCGUGGGCAACAUCUUCCUGGUUGGCAGCAUCAUCGUGGACAAGAAGCUCCACAACGCCACCAACUUCUUCAUCGGCAACCUCUCAGUCACCGACCUCCUCAUGUGCCUGACCUGCGUCCCCCUGACCCUGUCCUACGCCUUCGAGUUGCGCGGCUGGCUCUUCGGGAGGGUCAUGUGCCAUUUUGUCUCGCUCAUGCAGUCCACCAUGGUCUACGUCUCCGUCCUCUCGCUGACGGCCAUCGCGGUGGACCGCUACAUCGUGGUGGCCUACCCCAUCCGGCAGAGGGUGACGCUGGGCUGCUGCGGCCUCAUCGUUGGGGGAAUCUGGGCCCUGUCGCUGGCCCUGGCGAGCCCGGCUUCCAUCUACAUCACCUACAUGGAGCUCAAGGUGACCGGCAAUGACAUGAACAUCUGCGAGGAGUUCUGGAGAGGCAUGGAGAAAGAGAGGCUGGCUUACUCCUGCAUUGUGAUCCUGGUGUCCUACAUGAUCCCACUGUCCGCCGUCACUAUCUCUUACUGUGCCAUCACCAUCCACCUCAGGAGGAGGAACGUGCCAGGUGCUGUGGAGGGAAAUCAGGUCCGGUGGAACAAGAAGAAGCGGAAGACGUUCUUCCUCCUGGUUGUCUCGGUGGUGACCUUCGCCAUCUGCUGGAUGCCCCUCCAGAUCCUGAACCUGCUCCGAGACCUGGACGUCGAUUUCCUGAUCAUUGACACCAGGUACAUUAACGUGGUGCAGGUCUCCUGCCACUGGGUGGCCAUGAGCUCCUCCUGCUACAACCCCUUCAUCUACGCCUCACUGCACCGCAAGUUCCGCCUCCAGCUCCGGGGCUAUUUCCGCCGGUGGAAGAGGUCAAGCAGUUUCCCCUCGGCCCGGUUGUCGCCCUUCCACACCAGCAUCAGCCUGGUGUCCGAGGUCCCAAAGACUGGGACUGACAACAGCUCCGACGUGGUCAACACGCUGUGA